AUGUCUCACGACUCAUGCGCACUCAAUUCUGACGGCUCCCUCAAGGAUGCCUCAGAUAUCAUCUUCUACAAUGACCCUGAUGAUCAUGCACCAUUGCCACAGGUCCCACCUUUGACGUCAACUCAAUCUACGGUCCCAGCUUCAACAUCAACUCAAUCCACUGCAAAAAAUGUGUUCUCCGCUCUGUUCAAAUCGGGACACACACCACCCUCUGCUCAUGUUCAGGAUGCUGACAACGCAUCUUCAUCCUCAAGUACUGUAGUGAGGAAGCACGCAUUAUCCAGCACUGCUGAUCCUCCACCACCCAAGAAAGCCACCAUGUGUAUUUUGUCUCCUCUGGACUCUGAUGACGAGAACGAGGGCAAUAACGGUGGGGGCUACACUCACUUCAGUAUCCAACACUAUCUCGUAUUGCGUGCAAUUAUUCACCAAUUCAGGGCACGCAAUGCACUGGCCCCAGCUACAUUCUCCGCACUCCAGUUAUUGAAGGCAGGUUACCGCAAUGGACACGUUUCAGCAGCUACAGAGGCAGAAGAGUUUGCAGCUAUGUUAGACUAG